AUGAAUAAAUACACAUUAAAAUUCAGAGAUUCAAAUAUCGAAACAACUUAUCAAUCUUAAAAAAAUUAAGGAUAAAACAUUAUAUUAGCUGGCCUUACAUUUAUUUUUAUUUUUAGAUGUGUAGCAUAAAUUCUAAAUUUUAAUCUUUUGAACUUUUUAAUAUACUUAGCGAUCAUAAUCCUAUUUAUAUUUUUUAAAAUGAUGUAAAAAUAGCAAGGUUUGAAGAAUUUCUCACUCGUUUUAAUAAAUUGUGGAUUAUCAAUUUUUACAUUUAUUUAUGAAGAACCUAGUAAUAAUAUGUAUUCUCAUUUAAGAGGUGCAAAUAGUGCUUUAAGUUCAUUAAUAAUUGUAUUAUCUGGUGAUUUUCCAGAAAGUGUAGUUUAAAUUAUAUUUAUAUAAGUAACAAAAGGAAUAUAUACAAUUUUAUAUAGCUCUUAAAAUGAAUAUGAAAUAUUAACAGGUAAUAUAUUAAUAAUGAUAAUAUUAAUAUAUUAUUUAUAUUUUCAUCAUAAAGCAAUAAGAUCAUAAUAUUUAUUAACUUUAGUAGAAUAAAAAUGGGAAAAUGUAUUAGAAAGUAUAAUAGAAAAUCAAUCAUAUUUUAUUAUUAAUUUUAUUUAAGAUACAUAUUAAUUUUAAAUAUAAUCUUAACAUAAUUGUGAAUAAUAUUUUUAUGAUAAAGAUUAUAAAACAUUUUUAAGAUAAUCUUAAAUUGAAAAAUCUAAUUUAGAACAUUAUUUCUUUUAAUAAAUAUAACUACAUUUAAAUAAUCAUAAUCCUAUUAAUUCAUCAAUUAUAUUUGUUAAAAAUUCAUUAUCUUUAUUUAAACUUAAAUAUUCUAUUUAUUUUACUACUUAACCUACUAUUUUAAUUAUAUUUGAAACUGUUUAAUAAUCAAAAAAUAGAAAUAUUAAUUUACUUUAUAAUAAAAUUAUAUUGUAUNUAAGGUAAUCUAAAUUACUUUUUAAAUAUCUAUAUAAUAUUUAUCCAAAAAUAGUAAUUUUCGAUUAUUCAUGGUAUUCUAUAAAAAUUUUCUCCAGCAUAAUAAAUUAGUUGUUAAGUAUUAAAAUAUUAUCAAAAACAAAUUCAUGUUAAAUUGAAAUUAACAAUAAUUUGCUUUAUUUUUAGAUAUUUUUACUUAAUUUUCUGAUUACAAUCAUUGUAUAUGAUGUUAUGCAAAAUCACAAAAGACUUUCCAUUUCUUGA